AUGAAAAGAUGUAUAUCGAGCAGAAUACUAUCAAAUCCGCGUCUACGGGCUAAUAUUUUAUUCCAAAGGCGUUUGCAAAAACUUUCAUCUAGCGUCACAAAUGAACUACCACAAUUCAAUCAAUCAAUAUUUGAAAUUGCAAAGACUGUAACACAAGAAAAUAAGGAAUCUGACAACUUGAGAACAAGUUUUUUUCAAGCUAUUAAUGAUAAUAACUCUACUCGUGUAUUAAAAAUUUUAUCAGAUUUAAAAAAUGAUUCUGCAAACGAUUUUAAAGAUCAAGAACAGUUGGAAUUUUUACAGAUAGCUUUGAACUUUUACAUCGAAAACAAAAUUGAUUCAAUCCUGAUUAUAAGCACCUUAAUUCAAGAUUAUUCGAAUUUAAUAAAUUACUUCAAAAAUGAUGAAACUCAUUCUAAUCAUGUUAACACUUUAAUUAAAGCGGUGUUGAAGAUCUCAGAAACAACGAAUUCAACACCUGUGAAAUUUACAAUGAGGAAACUUUUCAAUCAAUUCAUUGAGCAAUAUAAUGUUAAUCCUCAUGUAUCUGAAAAAAAAGUAUCACCUGAACGAUCUGCAGCGGAUGGGGAAAUGAAAAUUAAGACAUCUCGAAACAGUACUUCAAUUGAACCAUACUUAGAUGACUUUAAUAUGUUAACAUUUGAAAAAGCAUGUGCAUACAUAUCUGAGAAUAAAUUCACAUGGAAGAAUAAAGCAAUCAAGGAACAUCUAUUCAAAUUUUAUGAAACAUUACCAACAAAUGAAAAACAUGAGUUCAUGGAAAGGUAUAUCUCAUUUAAUGAAACAAAGCAAUCACAAUUAGAAGCUCAUUUCCAUCAAUUACAACAAAAAGAAUCAACUCCUCAACAAUUUAAAGUUAAUUUUUUUGCUAAGGAACCCGAUUCAAUUUUAAGUUGGGUAGAGGAAGCAUCACUACAUUUGGAGAGUGUCAUCAAAUUUGAGUCUCCUGUUACAGACGAUGAAAAAGUUUUGAGUCAUUUCAAACCAUUUUUGGAAUAUUUCACUAUUAAAUCACUCAUAUAUUUGAUCAUACAAACACUCAUCGGAGAAGCUUAUAAAGAAGAAGUUGUUUUAUCUGAAAUUUUAAGUAAAUUAAGAUUUUAUUACAGGAAGAAUAUUCAAACUAUCAAAUGUGACAGUUACAAGAUCCAAUUAUUAAAAUUCAUUCCUGAAAAUUCAUUUGAUAAAUUAUCUAAUAUCCUAAUCAACUCAGUGAUUGUUACAUGCAAAGUUAAAGGAGAUGACGGCAGUGAUUCAAUAUUUCAAGUUGAAAAAGAACCAAAUAAACAAAUGGUGUUUGCAAUGUCUACAAUCUACAACAAUUCCAAGAAAAAAUUAGUCAUUAAAAUCAAUCCAACUUUACAAAAUUUAAUCAAUACAUCAUCAUCAUAUAAUUUAAAUGAAUUUUCACAUCAUUUUCCUUUAUUACAUCCACCAAAACCAUGGUUAAAUACAAAAAUUGGAGCAUUUAAUGAAAUAGAAACAAAUUUUAUAAGUGGUUAUGAUUCAUUACAUAAAUCAAUUUUAACAAAAUUACAAAAACAAGGUAAAUUAGAUUCAGGAUUUAGAUGUCUUGAUCAAAUGGGUAAAACUGCAUGGUGUAUUAAUCCUGAUAUUUUAAAAAUUUUUAAUGAAAUUAUGGAGUUACCUCAAGGUUUUUUAGAUAUACCACCUAAAACAAUUAUUGAAAAGAGUAAAAAAAAAUCAAUAGAAUUAAAAAGUUUAAGAAAAAAUUAUGAAAUGAUUUUAAAUUUAGCUAAUUCAUAUGGUAAAAAUGGUGAUAUUUUAUAUCAUGUUUAUAUGUUUGAUUUUAGAGGUAGAGUAUAUGCUUUAUCUCCUUUAAGUCAUUAUGGUGGUGAUCUAACUAGAUCAUUAUUUAAUUUUUGGUUUAGUCAACCUUUAGGUAAAAAUGGAUUUUAUUGGAUUAAAUAUCAAUUAGUUUCUAUGUUUGGUAAUGGUUAUUUAAGUGAAGAUUGUGAAAAAUUUGUUGAAAAAUUUCAAAAUGAAAUUAUAAGUUCUGCAAAUGACCCAAUUUCAAAUAAAUGGUGGAUGAAAGGUGAUGAACCAUUUUCUACCUUAUCAUUAUGUUUUGAAAUUAAGAAAAUUUUGGAAUUUGAAUCAAAUGGAGGUAACAUAGAGGAGUAUUUAUGUAGAGUUCCAAUUCAUCAAGAUGGUUCUUGUAAUGGAUUACAACAUUAUGCCGCAUUGGCAGCAGAUGAAGCUGGUGGAAAAGCAGUCAAUUUAUUACCAAUGGAAACAAAGCAAGACGUUUAUUCAACUGUUAGAGAUAUAGUCGAGGAAAAAAUUAAAAAUGAUAUUGAUGAAAAUUUACUAGCUGGAAAAGACCUUGAUAGUGCUAAAUUAAUAUUGAAAAUUUUGGAUAGAAAAUUAGUUAAAAGACCAGUAAUGACAACCGUUUAUGGAGUUACAUUAAAUGGAGCAAGUAAACAAAUAUUAGAAAAUAUUGAGAGUUUAAAAUCUAAUCAUUACGAAAACCCAACAAAUAGAAAAUAUGAUCAAACAAUUAUUGAUCAAUUAAGUACUUUCAAUCUAAAGACUACAAAUUACUUAGCUAAAAAGAUAUUAAAUUCAAUUAAUGAAUUAUUCUGUAAUGCUAAAAAUCUUGAAGAUUGGUUAGUUUUAAAUGCAAAAAGAAUUUUAACAAGCUAUAAUAUUAUAACCUUAGAUUUUUUAGAAUUAAAACAACUGAACUCCAUUAAAGAUUUAAAAAAUUUAAGUAAUUGGUAUAAAUCACCAAUAAAUUUUGAUCCGAUAAAUUGGACAUCACCAGCUGGGUUUCCAAUUAUUCAAAUUUAUCGAAAAUUUCCUAAACAAAUCGUAAAGGGUUUAUUAGGAUCAACUAUGAAAUUUAAAACGUCAGAAUUAACUUCAAUGGAUCGUAGAAAACAUGAAUUAGCUAUAGCUCCAAAUUUUAUACAUUCUUUAGAUGCUGCACAUAUGUUUAUGACAUGUAAUGAAGCUAACAACCAAAAAAUAACUUUUACUUCAAUUCAUGAUUCUUAUUGGACUUAUCCAAAUAAUGUUGAAAAAUUAUCAAAAAUUUUAAGAGAACAAUUUGUGGAAUUAUAUUCUUUUGAUUAUAUGAAAGAAAUUAAAUUAAAAUUUGAAAAACAAAUGGAAAAUUCUUUUCAAUUAUGUUAUUUUGAGAAAUCAAAGAAUUUAGAACUAGCUGGGUUUUUAAAAGAUAAAAGAAGUAGUUAUAAUGAACGGAAAAUUAAUGAUCAAUUGAAUAUUGAAUUAAGAGAAUUAACUUCACAAAAAGAUUUGAAUUUUGAAAUUCAAAGAUUAAUUGAAAAAUAUAAUUCUAAAUUAUAUUAUAUUGUUGGUAAUAAAAUUUUUGAAUACAGUUCCAAUUUGAAAACUUCUCAGGUUGAAAUAAAGGAAAAACCUAAGAAUUUAGUUCCAAUUCUAACACCCGUUCAAGUAUUAGAUUUACCAAAGAAGGGAACAUUAAAUAUUGAGAAAGUGAAAGAAAGUAAAUACUUCUUUUCAUAA